GUUUUUUACAUGUGAAAGAGAGAUGUCGAUCGCUGAAGGGGAAAGAGAGAAGCCCAGAUAAUUGGGAAUGAGCGGGCCGGCCGUUCUGUAGCCCAAUUUCAACCGAUUGGCAAGAGCCUAACAUCACAACACCUUCUACCUGGGAAAACCAAAAAGCCGAAGAGAGAGAGCGAAAAUCCGGAACAGAGUUCAUCAGGUCUUCAAUUUUAUCUCAAAAUUCACCUACCAUCUUCACCACUUUCCCAUUUUUCAGUGAUGAUUUGACCACCAUAGCCACCACGCAACGUGAUUCCGAGCAAACAAAUUGCAUCCUGACGACCCCUUUGAAUCUCCAAUGGGGUCCUCCAAAUUGGGUUUUACUUUUGCCUCAUCGAAAUUCUCCUUGUCGUUAAUCCGCUGCAUCGUUAUCUGAGAACUGGAGUUUUUCGUGUACUCUAUGUAACGGGUGAUCAAUCUACACCUUUCUUCAACGUAAUUGCUUGAAUAUUUUCUUCCUUUAUUUGACCUCCAGCAAUCUACGAGUGAUAUGAUGGAGGUUGGUUUUGUUCCAAGUGGGAUGUCCGAGGAAGAAACUGCAGAGGCUUAUGAUAUCAAUUAUGAGAUUUCUGAGGAGGUGGAAAGAUGUGGGAUAUGCAUGGAUGUUAUAGUUGACAGGGGUGUUCUAGACUGCUGCCAGCACUGGUUCUGUUUUGUAUGCAUUGACAACUGGGCUACUAUUACAAACCUUUGUCCACUUUGCCAGAAAGAAUUUCAACUCAUCACAUGUGUUCCUGUGUAUGAUACUAUUGGGAGCAACAAAGUAGAUGAAGAAUCAUUUGGCAGAAAUGAUGAUUGGUGCUUUGAGGGGAAGAGUAACGUCUCCUUUCCAUCAUACUAUAUUGACGAGAAUGCAGUUAUCUGCUUGGAUGGUGACGGCUGUAAGAUUAGAAAUGGAUCUGGAUUUACUGAAGGAGAAUCCGAUCUUGAUACCUCAAUUGCUUGUGACUCUUGUGAUACAUGGUAUCAUGCAUUCUGUGUCGAUUUUGACCCUGAUGAUACAUCUGAAAGUACAUGGUUAUGCCCAAGAUGUGGGAUUAAUGAUCAAGAAAGUUCUAUCAAUGAUUCUGUUCCAAAGUUUAAUGGUGACUUUGAUCCAAUGAAUACUUCGGUUGCACAAAGUUUUUCGAGCAAGGUGUCUGUAUCCGUUGCUGAUACUGGAGAGACAGCAUUGGUUGUCUCACUGAUUGGAGGAAAUCAUGUUAAGGAAGAACAAGUUGAUUACACUCCAUCAAGUGAUGAACUUGAAAAUAAUAAAAAAAUUGAAGAUUUCAUGUUGGCUUCAGAAGCUGGUAGGCCAAAUGUACCUGCAUCAACAUUGGAGAAUACUCCCUUUCUGCCAACCUCAUCAAUGGAGAAUACUUCUGUGCCAGCACUUGGGGACAAGGAAUUGGAACUUUCUUUGUCACAUGAUUCUUCCAUCAGUUUGCCUCAUGAUUCCCUUAGGCAUGUUGGGUUGAAAACAAGGUGUGCUGAUGAAAUCCAGACUGAAUCAGGUAGCCUUGAAAGCAGCAGAAGUCUUACAAAUGUAUCCCAUCCCAUAAACAAAGUGUCUAAAGAUGAAUUCAGCAUGGGUCUUCAUCUUGGUUUACCUGUGGGCACAUUCUUGUCUGUUGAUUACUCGAAUGAGGAAAGUGGUGAUCAAAGUGUUGAUGUUAAGCCACAGUUGUUUCCUUCAGAAAAACGCUUGUUACAAGCUGAUGAUGUUGUGGCCGCAUCACAAACUAUCCAGGAAGCCUCUGUAAUCAUUGGCAUAAAGAGGAAACACGCAGAUUGCAGUGAUCACAUUCAGAAGACGGCUGAUAAUCAAGAUGAUAAGGCCAAUUCUGAUACAAAACUUAUAAAGGGGAAGAACCAAUCAGUUCCUUCUAAAAAUGAGUUGGAGCAAACUAAGGAAGAUGAUACUACAAAGAGUUUGGCCAUGCCAUUAGUUCCUACAGAAGCCAGCUUGAAACGAAUAUCAAAAAAGAAAGAUGCCAAUGUUGAUAUCAUGAGUAUAGUUAGGGGCCGAAACCGAAGGCCUCCUCCCAAAAGCCAAGCAAGCUCAAAUUCUAAUGGUGAAGAGGAUCAGCAAGAGAAUUUGACUGGUUUGAGAGUAAAAAAGAUCAUGAGAAGAGCUGGUGAGGAUCAGGAAUCAUCCAUGCUAGUUCAGAAACUGAGAAAUGAAAUAAGAGAAGCUGUCCGCAAUAAAUGUGCUAAAGAGUUUGGGGAAAACCUUUUGGAUUCUAAGCUUCUUGAUGCCUUUAGAGCUGCAGUAUCGGGCCCUAAAACUGAAUCACAGAAAAGAAUGGCAGCUUUGGCUGUUAAGGCAAAAAAAUCAUUAUUGCAAAAGGGGAAAAUACGUGAGAGUCUAACAAAGAAAAUAUAUGGGGCUACUAAUGGAAGAAGAAAGCGUGCAUGGGACAGAGACUGUGAAAUUGAAUUCUGGAAGCAUCGUUGCAUAAGAGUGAGAAAACCUGAAAAGAUUGCAACUUUGAAAUCUGUCCUUGACCUCUUAAGAAAUGGCUCACGGAGCCCAGAUACAAAACAAGAUUCUGAAGGUCAGCCCACAAAUCCAAUUCUUUCUCGAUUAUAUGUAGCAGAUACAUCUGUCUUCCCACGGAAUAAUGAUAUCAAGCCUCUCUCGGCUCUCAAAUCUUCCUCUUCUUUGGAGCAGAAGAAAGAUCCACUCACAGGGAUUAGCAAGGUUUCAUCCAAGGCUGGUAUUCUUCCUCUUGCAGGAAAUGUGGGGAAUAAUUGUUCUGUAUCUGCCUCAAAGAGUGCAGUAGGUUCUGGAAAAGGAAAUCAUAGCGCAACCUCAGAAGCAUCAGUUGGUGCUAAACCUAAACUACAGAAAUCAGUGCCUUCUACAUCUAAUAAUGCAAUUGAUAAAAGAAAAUGGGCACUGGAAGUUCUUGCCAGGAAAACUGGUGAUGGCUGCAGUGUAGCAAGUAAAAAGGAGGAAGACAUGGCUGUGCUUAAAGGAAAUUAUCCUUUGCUUGCUCAGCUUCCAGUAGACAUGAGACCCGAAUUGGCACCCAGUCGUCAUAAUAAAAUUCCCGUAUCAGUAAGGCAGGCACAGCUUUAUCGUCUGACAGAGCAAUUUUUGAAGAAAACAAAUUUGACAGACAUGCGUAGAACUGCAGAGACAGAGCUGGCAAUUGCAGAUGCCGUUAACAUAGAAAAGGAGGUUGCUGAUAAGUCAAACACCAAAGUCGUAUAUCUUAAUCUAUGUUCCCAGGAGAUAAUGCAUCGCACAGACACUGGCAGAUCAAAUACAGCAGCUGAUUUGGAUUCCUCAUCCCAGGAAAAUGAGCCAAUUGCUAAAUCCGAACUGCCAGCUGAUCCAGAAACAGAUCCUGUAGUUGAAGAAGCACUUAGAAAUGCUGGUCUUUUAUCUGAUUCGCCUGUGAAUAGCCCACCACACAGAACUGAUGUCAAUGAUGAUGAUGAGCUUGUGGAAGAGUUGGAACCUGAAAACGUAAUGGAAAUGGAUGACCAUCCAGACUUGGAUAUCUAUGGUGAUUUUGAGUAUGAUCUAGAAGAAGAAAACUGCUUCACCACCAAAGCUGCUACGGUUAUGAAACCACCAGAGGAAAGUGAAUCCAAAUUGAAAGUUGUUCUAUCCACUCUAAACACUGAAAGUUCAAGUCAUGCAUCAGAUGCCGAAAAGCCUGAGAGGUUGAAGAGUGUUGAACUUCCAAAGGAUGCUUCUUGUUUGUCAAAAAACGAAGAUUUGGAGGUUGGAACCGCCCCUCCUGAGAUCGAGAAGGAAGGGUCUAUUGCUGUUCCUCUGAAUAGUAAUGAAGUUGAAGAACCUUCCUUAGCUGAAUAUGAAGAACUAUAUGGGCCAGACACAGAUAAACAGAUAAAAUAUCUUCCAGGGAAAGCAUCAGCAGAAAAGCCUUGUGUGCCCACUUCGGAAUCUAAUUCUCAGCAGAAAGAUUCUUGUAAUGAUGCAACUUCUAUGCCAAUUCAAGGUGGAAAAGAGUCGGACCAAAAAUGUGAGGUAAAAGAAGCAAAUCUCCCUGCUGGAGAGUGUUCGCCCCACAAGAAGGAGAAAUAUAAUAAUGCCAAUGAGAAUAAGCCAUCUGAUGGCAACAAUUCUGUAUCUAAGAAGGUCGAAACAUACAUCAAGGAGCACGUCAGACUGCUGUGCAAGAGCGGGGUCAUAACAGCCGAACAAUACAGAUGGGCAGUCCAGAAAACCACAGAGAAGGUUAUGAAGUACCAUUCCAAGGAUAAGAAUGCAAAUUUUCUUAUAAAGGAGGGGGAGAAGGUGAAGAAGCUUGCUGAACAGUAUGUAGAGGCAGCACAGCGGAAGGGCAUUGAUUAAUAAUGUUCAGGCUUUAGACAAAGAGUUUAUCUCUCUAUCAUUUGAACAGCUUCUUCUUCAAUUAUGAACAACUUCUUUUUUUCCUUC